GGCUCAAUGACCACAUGCCACUCAAUGAUUUUCCCCUCCAUUAUCAUUUCCAUGAAUUGAGCGUCUACACCUACUCGUCGUCAAAGCCAAGCGUAAGAGCCAUAAGAGAAACACAAGGAAUUCCCUCGAAACAAUCAUGGGCAUGGGUACCAACCUUGACGCGCUGCCUCCUCCAGUCCUGGACGCGGACGCGAACUCUCACGGGACAAUGAAGAUUGGAAAUACCGAAAAGAGGGAUAUCCUCAGAGCGAUCGAGAAGAAAUACCAAAUGCUCUGGCAACAGGAAAAGGUGUUCGAGUCCGAUGCGCCGCCAUGCUCAGAAUAUCCGCUGGACUCGAUAUCAGCAGAUGAGCUGCGACUCGAGGUGCCCAAAUUCUUUGGAACCAUGGCAUACCCUUACGUGAAUGGCGUUCCGCAUCUGGGCCAUGGCUUUACUAUUUCCAAAGUGGAUUUCACCACCCGUGCUGCAAGAGCCCAGGGCACAAACACGCUGUAUCCUCAGGGGUACCACGCAACGGGCAUGCCGAUUAAGGCCUGCGCAGACAAACUUACAAACGAGAUCGCCAUGUUUGGAAAGACGUUCGCCGCCUAUGAUGAGAGCGACGUCCCCGAGGCUUCGGGCAGUGAUGCAGUGCCUCUGGCCCAGUCCAAGGCCGAUGUCACCAAGUUCACCAACCUGAAGAAAGGUAAGGCGGCACUGAAAUCUGGCAAGGGAAAGUAUCAGUUUCAAGUCAUGAUGUCGCUGGGCAUCCCUCGCGAGGAGAUUCACAAAUUUGCCGAUGCCAACUACUGGCUACACUAUUUUCCCCAGUUGUGGCAGCAGCAUCUGACCGAGUUCGGCUGUGGUAUCGACUGGCGUCGCAGCUUCAUUACAACCGACAUCAACCCAUACUACGACUCUUUCGUACGGUGGCAGAUGCGCCGGUUGAGAAACCUUGGGAAGAUCCGCUUCGGAAAGCGCUACACGGCCUAUUCUCCGAAAGAUGGUCAGCCAUGCCUGGAUCACGACCGUUCUUCUGGUGAGGGCGUCCUGGUCCAAGAAUACGUCGCUUUGAAGUGCAGGGUCGUGAAGUGGUCUGCGCCGGUCCAAGAGAUUAUUUCAUCAGGCACCAGCAUCCCAGACAAUGCCCAAGUCUUCAUGAUCCCAGCAACUCUACGACCAGAGACCAUGUAUGGCCAAACAAAUCUCUUCAUCUCACCCAACAUCUCGUACGGCAUCUUCAGGGUUUCUGACACAGUCUUCUAUCUCGCCACAAACAGAGCCGCACGCAACAUGGCUUUUCAAGGCAUUUUUCCCGACUGGGGACAUGCCCCCAAGGUCAUGGAAAUACAGGGUUCGCAUCUGAUCGGUUCAGCUGUUCACGCUCCACUCAGCAUUCGGGACGUCGUUUACGUGAUUUCCAUGGACACGAUCAAGGAAACGAAGGGAACGGGCGUGGUUACGUCCGUGCCCUCGGACAGCCCAGACGACUACGCCAUGACGCGUGAGUUGUUCAGAAAGGCAAAGUUCUAUGGACUCGAUCCUCAAUGGGUCUGUCAGGAUAUCUUUCCCAUAAUUGACACACCCGAAUACGGCAAUACGAUAGCCCCGGCUCUCGUCGAUAAGCUGAAGAUCAACUCGCCAAAAGACGAACGGCAGCUCCUCAAGGCCAAGGAGCUGGCCUACAAGAUAGGAUUCUAUCAGGGCACCAUGAUCUACGGGCCGUUUACCGGGAUGUCGGUUCAGGAGGCGAAAUCGCGUGUUCGCCAGCAGCUCCUGGACUCGGGAGAUGCCUUUGUCUAUUGCGAGCCUGAUGGCUUGGUGAUCUCUCGCUCGGGUGAUGAGUGUGUUGCGGCAUUUCUCGAUCAGUGGUAUUUGACAUAUGGUGUGGACGAGGCUUGGAGGAGCGAGACUCUAGGCCACCUUCUCAACCAGGAUGGGCUCGGCUUCAACUGUUUCAACACGGUCACAAAGCACUCGCUCCAACAAACGUUUGGGUGGAUGAACGAGUGGUCCGUCACUCGCCAGUAUGGACUGGGCACAGACUUACCUUGGGAUCCAUCUCAGAUGGUGGAGGGCCUGUCCGAUUCCACCAUCUACAUGGCGUAUUACACCGUCGCACACUACUUGCAUUCCGACAUCUACGGAAGACAGCUUGGGAGUGCGGGUAUCAAGGCUUCACAGAUGACGGAUGGUGUAUGGGAGUACAUUUUCGCUCUUGCCGAUGGAGUACAGAGUGACAUCCCGAAGGACACUCUCGAUGCCAUGCGAAGGGAGUUCAUUUACUGGUACCCCUUGGAUGUCCGCAUCAGCGGAAAGGACCUGGUCAACAAUCACCUAAUCUUCUUUCUCUACAUCCACCAGGCUAUCUGGGGAAAAACAUACAGAAGUUUGGGCGGAUGCCACUCGAAUCGCGCUGGCCGACGGCGGAGUGGCAUCGACGACGCCAAUUUCGAGGAGACAACCGCCAACGCCACAAUCCUGAAGCUCUAUGAGCUGAAAAGAUGGAUCGAGAACGUCAUCCAUUACCCACGGCUGCUGAAAGCCGACGAGGAGUUUAGCCAUGUCAGGGUCGCAGAAAAGCUAGAUAGUGUCGCCUCCAUUCAAAGAACAGGUGCCAGGACAUUCUGGGACAUGCUAUUUUUGAACGACCUGAGCAUAUUGAUCCGUCAAGCUGUCCAAGCAUACCGGUUGACGAAUUUCAAGGCGGUGCUCAAGUUUGGCUUCUAUGACUUCACUGCCGCCCGUGAUAGUUAUCGUGCAGCCUCCCAUGCAGCGUCGAUCGGGAUGCAUCAUGAGUGCGUCCGAUACUGCGUCGGAUGCCAGGCGCUCAUGAUGUGUGUCUCUGCACCGCAUUGGGCAGAUUACGUCUGGAGAGAGAUUCUGUUGAAACCUUCUACAAUCCAGCUUGAACCUUUCCCUGAGGUGCCUGAGCCCAGCCGGGAGCUUGAAUCAAUUUCCGACUACAUUAGGAAAACAACAACUCGUGUCUUAGCGGCCCACGCGGCUCAGCAAAAGCGCCUAGCGAAGGGGAAAGGGGUGCUUUUUGAUCCUGGCAAGGACAAGUACCUCAACAUCUACGUGGCAAAGUCCUGGCCCUCAUGGCAGAAACGAUAUAUUGAUCUCGUUCGAGACAUGUUCGAGGGCAUCACCUUGGAUGUCAAGAGCGUGGCAAAGCAGGUGGAAAAGACGGAUAUAAAGAGGGCUUUGCCCUUUGUCCAGGAGCUCAAGCGUAAAUUGGAAUCCGGAGAGGCACCUAACGCCGUGCUUGAUAGGACCUUGGCUUUUGACGAGACAGUGGUUUUGCAGGAACUGGUGCCGGUCUUACAGUCGACUGUGCCAGGUCUCAAGGCGGUGAAAGUAAUUGUUAUGGAAGAGCAAAGCCAAAACGGAGGGAAAUCAGGUGAGAAGAUCACAGCAAGCGGCAUCCCGCAAAUCGCAAGCUCAGCGGAACCGGGUAACCCCGCGUUUGAGUUUCACAACGUGUGA